AGGACCCGCUGACGAUGCUGCGUGCGCAGCUUCAGUCUGGAGUCGCUACGACGGGACCGCAAUGAAGAGAUAAAUAGCAGCCUUAUCUAUUUAUUUUUAACUAUUACGGGUCUUAUUCAUUGUUAAUUGAGAGAACUCGGGCCGACAGGAAAGCUGUCAGUGCAGCCGUCUCUUUAAAAGGGCCACCUUGAAGAAUAAUGGAUGCAACCUUUCACUAACACUUGAUGAAGAUUUUUAUUGACUCUUGAGGCUGAAUCAUGGAGGUUAAUGAUGAUGUGUCUGCAACCAUGACGCAGCCCCAGACUGAUGUGUGCAACGCUGAGGUAGGAGGAGCAGAGGUCACCAGUAAAGUGGAGGAUGGAGCAAAUCCAAUCACUCCUGCUGAUUCCUGUGGUGGCAGCACAGCAGGACUUAAUAAAGGAGGGCUCUCUAACCUGGUAGAGACUCCUGCACCAUCAGUGGUCAAUCCCACUGCUGAAUCUCCGGGAGGUGUGGCGCUUAAAGUCGCUACAACUGUUCUCCACCCAGUGUGUUUGGGCGAAAGUCCACUGAUGCUGCCCAUUCACCUCCAGAUGGCCGGAGCGCCCGGGGCUCAGCUCGGUCAAAUGGGGUCAGCGCCGUACUUGAUAACAAGCCAAAGCCCAGUUUCACUUCCCCUGGUCCUGGACCAGCAGGUCAUCCAACACAUGAAUCCCUCUGUAAUUCCUCAGACCACCAACUGUGGCACACAGUUGCCACUUCAGAAUAACGUCCUGUGUCAGAAUCCGUUGACGUUUGGUUUACCUCCAGCUGUGGACCAGAAGGCAGCAGGACAGACACAGGAUGCUAACCUCAUCUCUCUCCUACAGAAUCCAGCGUUUGCAGCCAUCUUGCAGGAUCUCUUCCCUUCACAGCCAGGAUCAUCCACCUGUCAGUCGCCAGGCUCUGCCUUCUUCCCCCUUCCACCCCUCACGCCUCCCUAUACCUCCCCCCUGGCCCCUCUGGUCCCUCCUGCCACGCUUCUAGUCCCCUACCCGGUCAUCAUUCCUCUACCAGUGCCUCUGCCAGUCCCCCUCCCCAUCCCCAUCCCUGUCCCUCAGACUGAGGACUCAAAGGGCAACAUGCCAAAACCAGUUUGCACUGUGAGUAAAAGCACUCAGACUUCGCCAAAAGAUACUACCUCUCCCUUGUUGUCUUCAAGGAAAUGCAUGCCACCAUUCCAGCCACAAAACGCGUCCCCAUCCUCACUUCCUCUAGAGGAAGGACAGGCUCUGGACCUUUCCGUCAGGGCAUGUCCAGUUGAACCAAAACAGGAAUAUCCCAGUCCACAGCAGGACAGUGUGCUUGACUUGUCAGUGCCUGGUGUGAGGAAAAAGUGUGUUCAGUCAGACAGGGAAGUAGCUUUACAGUCGGCUCAAGACACGAGUAGCACAGCUUUGUCUCUGGGUGUUGAAUGCACCCAGAGUUUAGAUUCCAAACUCCUGGGCAGCCUGACUUCACUAGAGUUCAGCCGGCAGCACAAGUGGUUGGUUGACAGCAGCGCUGCCGGGUCUAGCUCUCUUGGUCAAGAGGCGUCUCUCGGUCGAGCAGGAAACCUUGAGAUAGUCAGCACCUCUCAGACGGCCAAGGUCAUUGUCUCAGUGAAGGACGCGAUUCCUGCUAUCCUCUGUGGGAAGAUAAAAGGCCUUUCAGGGGUUUCCACCAAGAACUUCUCCAUCAAACGUGACGGCAGCCAAGGGGCGUCUCUGCAGCAGCUCUACAGCGUGCCGUCAUCUUCUCACGGGGAACAGCACAAUCCCAGUGACCCUCUUAAAAAGGUCUCUAAAAGCAGAGCCAUCAAACUGAAGAAGGUCAGCUCACAGGAGAUCCACUUCCUUCCCAUUAAGAAGCAGAGACUUGCAGCACUGCUCCCCAGGAAGUGAGUGUGUUCACUGGAGGAGGAUUAAUCGCUGGACCACUCUCUGGUAAUCCCUCCAGAGCAUAUAACUCAAAACACACACCGGGACAUUCUGUAAUCAAACUCUAACACUUCCAGUGUCCAGUCGAAGCCCAGAGUUUGGCUCCUAACAUAAGGCUCAUGAAUGUCUGACCUUGUGACACAGUAGUUACAAAAAUGGUUUCCACUGGGCUUUCUGAAUUGCUGUUUUUUUUUUUUUUUAACUAGUCUCCAGUGUUUUACUGAACCAGAAAUGUUUUUUGUGUAUGGCAGCUUAAUGGACUCUGUGUAGCUUUGGAGCCUGUCUCUAUAAAUCAGACAUGUUGACAUGUUGGACUUUAUAGUGACAGCGAAGACACGUGGUUUCCAUUCUUUCAUUUGGGUUCAUGUUUGUUUCCACAUGUCAUUUUUCUAUAAGUGCACUGAAGACCUAAAACAGUGUGUACUAACAGGACGUGAAUGAGGCUGUUAAAACAUAUCCAUCUUUGGAAAUUCACAUGCUUGUCAUCUGUAGCUCACUGGAGCGACUCAUUCUCUUCUGAUUGGUUUGGGUUUAGCUUGACAGACUAAUAAUGACUUGGCAAGGCCAGAGUCACAAAUUCAUUAACUAGAUGCUGGCAGAAGUGGUUGAUCGCAACAAAAUGCUUCCUGAUUUUGUUAAACGGCACGGAAGAAAGGGACUGGAAUUGUGUUCAUAUUUAAACAGGCCUUUCUACAGCCCUAUCAAAUAUACAGUUUUGGCCCAAAAAGAGAGAUUUUUUUGUUGCUGGCUGAAUUGGCCAAAGCUGAGGAAAACUAACUCCCUGCUGUUUCCAUAUCGAGUUCACUAUUUAAAUCUGCUGUGAAGGGGAGAUGAGAUGGAAGGGAACAGCCACAGUAAACAAGGAAUAAUGAGCAUUUUCUUGGCUUCUGUGAGCCAAAAUACUGUUUGUGUAUUUGUUCUGUGUGUGACUAGUCUGCUAUUAGAAUCAGUAUUGAUCAGUCUCCACCCCCCUUUAUGAGACACGUCGAUGUAAAACAUUUGUACAAGUGGUUUGUUGUCAUCUUUAUUGUUUUGUGGAGUGUGGUGUUUUUCCGUUCCAUGGUCACGGCCAUGAGUUGUGAAUGUGGAGUGUGGCAUUGUGUGUGUGUGUGUGUAUGUGUUGUUUAUUUAUCCCUUUGAGUGCACUUUGUCAUAGUUUAGUUAAAAACAUACAGGGUGAACUAGCUUUUGAGCUAAAACUGCAGCGCCCCUUUAGUGAUUAUGUAAAUCUGAGACUUACAGGCCAAGAACUAAUCACAGCCACAUGCAGACUGUCUAGAUGAACUGAGGUGGAUCUUUAUUUAUAUAUGUGUACUUUAGGAAUCCCAGAACAUCUUAACUCAUAACUGCAGUCCUUUCCACAGAAAGCUCCGUGAUUUAAUAGUAUGUUUGAUCACUUCAGCUGUACAGGAUCCCACCCUAAUUUAUUAUUUGUGCAACUUUAUUUAUACAGUGUGUUUCUAUUCUGAAUGGUCUGCUAGGAGACAAAGAAUGACUGGAUAUUAAAUAUUAAUUUUUUUGUAAUUGUCAGUCUGCAGGAGCCACCACGCUUCUGACAGCAGGUUUUAACAGCAGUUAAAUGUUUGCUUACUGUACAGUAUGUGUGCUUUUUAUAUGGAAGUGAACUAAAACGAAUCUGCUUGUC